AUGAAGACCCAACACAUCACCCUCCCCACCAUCCAAAUCGCGGCGGCCGCCUUCUUCGCCGCCUCAGCCGAAGCAAAAGUCUACUGCACCGACACGGGGGGAAAAGUCGUCGCCCAAGCCAGCUGCGACGGCGCCCAGCCCGCAAACACUUUCUUCCUCGCCGAGCACGAGGGCGACGACCUCCAGCUCGGGGACGUCAUCGCCGAGGAUAAAGUCGACGCCUCGCACUCCGCCGUUGCCGCCCGCGACCUCGAUGCGCUCGAGGUCGAGGCCGAGGACGAGGCCGAGCGGGUUAGCGGCGGGUUCGGGCGUAGGUCGCCGCAGAGGCAGUGCGAUCCGUCUCUUGGACACUGCGUUGUUAGUGGUGUUGGGAAGGGUGGUAACAAUGGUGGUGGUUCCAACGGUUCUUAG